AAACUUCCAGUGACAUACUAGUGGUGUCUCAAGCCCCUGUGGGCACACUUCCACCUCCAUGUAAAGGCUGCUGGGAAACUGGAUCCUGUGUCUGCGUAGAAUUUCUCCCACGAGCCUCUGCUCGCCCACAGAGUGCUGACCUAGCUCCCAGAUCUCAGCAGGAUGGAAGAGAAGCUGAAGAAGGCCAAGAUCAUCUUUGUGGUGGGCGGACCUGGCUCAGGAAAGGGCACCCAGUGCGAGAAGAUUGUACAGAAAUAUGGCUACACCCACCUGUCUACUGGGGACCUGCUUCGGGCAGAAGUCAGCUCUGGAUCGGAGAGGGGCAAGAAGCUGUCAGCUAUCAUGGAAAAGGGAGAGCUAGUACCACUGGACACGGUGCUGGACAUGCUCCGAGAUGCUAUGUUAGCCAAAGUGGACUCUUCCAAUGGCUUCCUGAUCGAUGGCUACCCAAGGGAGGUGAAACAGGGAGAAGAGUUUGAACAGAAGAUUGGACAGCCCACACUGCUGCUGUAUGUGGACGCAGGUGCCGAGACCAUGACCCAACGACUCCUGAAGCGAGGGGAGACCAGUGGCCGCGUGGAUGACAACGAGGAGACCAUCAAAAAGCGGCUGGAGACUUAUUACAACGCCACAGAACCUGUCAUCUCCUUCUAUGACAAGCGUGGCAUUGUGCGCAAGGUCAAUGCCGAAGGCACGGUGGACACUGUCUUCUCUGAGGUCUGCACCUAUCUCGACUCCCUGAAGUAACUGGAUCCCUUGGCCAGCUCCCAGCCCGCCCCACCCUUGCCCCCUGACCCCAGGCAGCCUGGCUCAAGCCCAGCACCUCCACCCUGCCGGGCUGUGCACAGACACAGGAAGCCAUGUUAUCCUGUCCCAUGGACACUAAAGAAAUUGCCAAGGAGGGUUAGGAUUGCUCCUUUCCUUUGCUUCCAGUUGAGGUGAUUCAUGCUGCCACCGCCGGAGGCCCCAGCGCGGCUGGCCCAUUCUUCCCUGUGCCUCAGCCCAGCUGUCUUGUCUCCCUCUGGCUCUGCUGGGAUCCUAGGCCCUUCCUUAGCCAGGCUGUGUCAAGCCUAGGGGUUCCUGGGUUGGCAGGCUGCUCUGGGGAGGGGUCUGGCGUUCACCCUGUUUCUCAUAGCCUUGUUGUGUGGCUUUGGCCCUAAGCCAUUGUUUCUCUGGAGUGAGUUUUCUUUUUUUCUUUUCUUCCUUUUUCUUUCUUUCUUUCUUUCUUUCUUUCUUUCUUUCUUUCUUUCCUUCUUUCUUUCUUUCUCUCUCUCUUUUUUUAAGACAGCAUCUCGUGUGACUUAAGCUGGCCUCAACCCUGUUAUGUAACUAAGGACAACCUUAAUCCUCCUGCCUCCACUUGUCUUCCUGUGUGCUGAGAUUACAGGUGUGUGUGUGGACCUCCACCACUCCUGGUUUUGGGGGCACUGGGGAUCAAGCCCAAGGCCCUGUAUACGAGGCCAGCAUGCUACAGAGUGAGCUGCAUCCCGGGCUGGGCAGGUUUUCUGUGCCUGACUGGGGUCUGGCAUGGGCAAAGGGCAAAGGGCCAUGGCUCACCAGCUGGGGCCACUGGGUGCCAAGGAACUGUGCAAUGGGCAUACAGCUAGGUGGGAAACUGGGCUCCUGAAGAAGGCUCCCCUGGUAUAGCCCUGCCAGGCCUUGCCAUCCUUUGGCUGGUUUUAAAGCUUGUUCUGUCACGCUAUGUCCCAACCCUUAUCCUCAGCGUUAAGACAAGAACUUGCAGAUUAAGGAGUGUGAGCUGCCAUAGACAAGGAUGUGGGAUCAAGGACCAGGCCUGGGACCCGGAGAGGACACCCAGGGAUGCCAAGAAGAGCUGGCAUCUCUCUUCUGCUCUUUAUUCUUUGGUCUCAUUAUGCAGGAAGCCUCUGUUGGUACUCACUUGUCCUGGGGCCCCGUCUCCAUCCCUAGUGACUUCCCCUGUAAGCCCAGAUAGCCUGUAAGCCAGCAGCCAUGCCUGUCCCAGGGACACCUGCCCCUGGGGGUGACGGUGCUCACUCCUUUCUGUUUACUACCAGUGGGGCCACCUUUCCUUCUGCAUUGCCUAUUUAAGCUGUCCUUUAAAAUAAAUAAAUGUAUUUCAGUUA